AACAUGACUGAUCAGCGGGGGACUAGAGUUUAUGUCGGUAAUUUAACUGAUAAGGUAAAGAAGGAUGAUUUGGAAGGCGAAUUUACAAAGUAUGGAAAGUUGAAUUCAGUGUGGAUUGCAUUUAAUCCGCCCGGGUUUGCAUUUGUUGAAUUUGAGCAUCGUGACGAUGCUGAAAAAGCAUGUGACAUUUUAAAUGGUUCGGAACUUUUGGGAUCGCAAUUACGAGUGGAAAUUUCCAAGGGUCGUCCACGGCAAGGCAGACGAGGUGGACCUGGAGAAAGAGGGCGUCGCGGUGAUGUCGGCAGACACAGCAUUACAAAUAGCAGUAGCAGCGGUGGAUUCAGACAACAACGAGGUUCCAGUAGCUCAAGCAGUCGCCAUUGUGAUCGUGGUUACAGUUCCGGCCGUUCCAGUACCGGAUAUGGUGGUGCCAGAGAUGGAGGCAGCAACGGCUUCAGCCGUCGCGAUAUCUACAACGGAGCGCGAGAAAGUAGCCGUUACGGCGGUGGAUCCAGUUCUAGCUAUGGGCGCAGCGGAGGACAAGGUGGAGCCCGCUUCAGGUCUCGGUCUCCAGUUGCCAAUCAUCGUUUCUAAACACCAACCAUUCAAUUUGAAGCUGUUAAUAGAACAAUAUAAAAUGUCUGUGCGAUAUUGAUACGACCCAGCUAUCAUAUAAAAUCAUUGCUAAUAUGUACAUACAUAUAUUAAAAACAAAUAUUAAGAUUUGGUUUCUAAUCAAUAAGGAAUUCAUUCUAUUAAAACUUAUUUCUAUGCUAGGACAUCAGCUUUCGAGAACAAUAUUCGAAUAC